GCUCCUUCAUGCGGAACGUCAUUACGAGCUAAAACAGGUGGGGAUCUUCUUCAUUCAAAGUCUGGUGGAAUCAGGAAACGACGUUUCUUGUUAGUUGGAUGUAAACCGCGACACCGAGAGGUUAUGUUAAUAAUAAAACGCGCGCGUUUCGGUAUUGCUGACUAGAAUUUUUUAUUAACACACGUGAAUGGAUGGUUGUCGAUUGGAUACGUGUUGUGAAUUUUUUUUUUUUUUUAAUUGGAAAUUUGAAAGUGACGUUGAUACUUUUUGUUCGGGAGUGGAAAAUGAUGUGUUUAAACGAUUCAAGAAACCAAAGUUUAUACGAUUCCGACCAGGACAGCGUCAGCAGCGGCGAGGAAUUACCAAUAUGGGUACGAGGGGAGCAGCGAUGGGUUUCCGGUAUAACUGAAGAAACCACGUGUCAAGACGUGAUCCAAGUAUUAUUGCACGACGAAGAAAGAAGGGGACGACCGAUAAGUCAAUUACAACAAUACCAAAUAACCGAAAGAUGGAGGGGCGUCGAACAACCUUUAGACGAUUAUUCGAAAAUAUUGGAUAUUUGGAAUGCUUGGGGCAGGGCGCAAUCGGAGGUGAAAAUAUCGCUGAGGAGGGUGAAAUCGGACGCGUUAAGGCCUCCUAGUAGACGAACGAGAUGCAGAUCGGAUUCCAGUACGUGGUCGGACAGAAGUGCCUUCAAAACUAUCCAUCCGAAAAGAUUGCAAGCCUUACAAAACGAAAAACAACCGUCCAGUACGGAAGAACUACUGAAAUUAGUUUUGGCGCAAGGAGAAGUCAUUAGGAGACAACUCAAAAAAUUGAGGCACAGCGAACACCAAAUAGGUUAUUUAGAGGACAAAACCCAUCGGGCUAGAGUCAGAAAACACGGAAGCAACUACUUAUUGGAAACGUAUCUCAAAGGUCUAUCGGAAGCCGUCGAUCCCGAACAAGACACUUUCAUUGCAGACAAAAAUAGUGAUAGUGGAGUUAUGACUGAAGGGGAUAGCGAACAGUCUAACAAUAAUAAACAAACUGGAACGGGAGAGAUGCUUUCUGAGAGAUUUUCUCCGUGUUCUGAAGAAUUGAACAAGGAUACGAAAGAUGACGAUUCCAGUUCGACGAUAAGUGAGUCGACGUUGAAAGAACAAGUGGGUUUAUUCGAAAAAAUCAAUAAACUGAAUAAACGCCUUUUGAAAGAAGAAGAAAACUUGGCGAGAUUAGAAGCUAACCUAAAAAAAUAUCAGAGGAACGAAAAACAGAAGCGAGAAGAAGACGUAAGCGAGACUUUAACGAAAUUACGCACUGAUAUGAUAAAGAGUUCUUGCGAGAUGCAACACAACGAAAUAGUUUUAGAAGAAACAUUAGAAAAAUUGGAAAGUCGAAGAAUAUUUUUGGAGAAUCUUCAUAGAGAGCUGGUUAAUGAGGAACAUGAGCACGAAAUGCUUCAAGCUCUGUUGUUUACCAAGAUACAACAGUUUGAAGUGGAAAAGAGGAAGAGCACCACCCCAUACGUCUACCAAACCAAAGAAUUGUUGGAUACCCUAGUAUAAUAAUAUCUUUUUAACGUUUUUCUAAAUUAAUACCAAAUAUUGUGUACCUAAAUAGCUUUGUUAACAAUAAUUUUAAGUUCUAUUGAAAUGGAAGCGUUGUUGAUUUUUGUAAUAUAUAUUUUUAAUAUUUUGAA